AUGGCAACCUCAACCCCAGCCAAAGCCAUCGAUGAGAAGUCUCUCCACGAAGAUGAAGCCACCAAGAUGCCGGCUGAUCCCAUGCUUGCAAUUUACCUCGAGUACGCCUCUCAAACACCACAAUGGAAAGCCCACCACACUUCUCGUUUGCUCCGGAAAGUGGAUCUCCGUCUUCUGCCUCUGCUCAUCGUGAUAUAUUUGCUGAACUUCCUGGACCGGUCGAAUCUAGCUCAGGCGAGAUUGGGGACUCUGGAGAAGGAUUUGGGGAUGAAAGGGACGGACUUUAAUCUGGCUACUAGUAUAUUGUUUGUGGGAUACAUUACAAUGCAACUCCCAUCUAACCUGCUACUCACCAGAACAUUUGGAGGACUGCUAGCUUGCAGGACGUUGCUUGGGGUUGUGGAGGCGCCAUUCUUUCCAGGGGCAAUCAUGUUGAUGUCGUGUUGGUAUACAAGAGCUGAAUUGGCGCAUAGAAUUGCUUGGUUCUAUGCAGGCAGCUCCGUUGCCAAUAUGUUCGGCGGUCUGCUCGCUGCUGGCGUGCUGGGAAAUUUGGAGGGUGCACAUGGCAUUGCGGGAUGGAGAUGGCUAUUUAUCAUUGAAGGAACCAUCACUGUGGGCAUUGCCCUCAUCGCAGCUGUCUUUCUCCCCAACUUCCCCGCGACAUCCAAAUGGCUGAGUGAAGAAGAGCGCAACUUCGCACAAUGGCGCCUCGUUGAUGAUGCCAAAGAGACCGACACUGCCUCGUCGGUAUCCAUCAAAGACGGUCUCAUGCUCGCUCUCAAAGACUACCGCCUGUACAUCUUCAUCCUCUUCCAACACAUCUCUCUCCUCACUCAAACCUUCCAGUACUUCUUCCCUACCAUCGUCAAAACUCUCGGCUGCUCCAAGAUCGCCACGCUGCUGCUCACUGCUCCUGUGUGGUUCUUGACUUUCUUGGUUAGUCUGGGUGUCACGUAUACGAGUGGCAAAACUGGAGAUAGAAGCAUCCACAUCAUUUGUUUGUUGAUGGUGAGUUGUGUGGGGAACAUCAUUGUGGUGAGCACGUUAAAUACAGGGGCGAGAUUCUUUGCGAUGUUUUUGAUGCCCUUGGGUGCCGUGAGCGCAUAUCAGAUUAUCAUUACUUGGGUUGCGAAUAGCUUUCCAAGACCGUUGGUCAAGCGGUCUGCUGCUAUUGCAAUUUGCAACAUGAUUGGCAACGCUUCAAAUAUCUAUGGGCCGUACCUAUAUCCGGCGUCUGAAGGCCCGAGAUACUUGGCUGGCGGUGCUGCGGUUGCAGGACUUUGUCUUGCGGUUGCUGGGUUGGCAUUCUUAUUGAGACUUAUCCAUAUCAAAGAGAACAAGAAGCUGGAGGCGUUGGAGAAUGAUAACACCAUUCGUGAGGGCGAUGCUAGAGGCGUUGGAUUUAGAUAUGUUUAUUAG